AUGUCGCUAUUGGGCACGAUCAACCCAAAUCUCCAUCGAUCGCAGUCAGUGGUCAGCCAUAAUGUCCCGUCACCAUCCCACGAUGACAAUUCAAUCCAAGGAUUGCCAGGGGAUGCAAGCCAGGAGAAAUGUGAAAUCGAGACUAUACAUGCGAAGGAGGUCAGGAGAGAGUCUACGGUCAGUCAUCUUGCAAGGCAGCUCACCCGCCACUCCACGCAAUUUUCGGAAAAGGACAUCGUCGACAACCCGUUUACGAUUGAUGACCCGGAGUCCACUGUCAACCCGCAUAGCCCCAACUUCAGAGCUAGGGACUGGCUGAGGAUGCUAUUGGCGGUCACAAACCGUGACCCAGAGAAAUACCCGGAGCGGACAGCCGGCGUUGCGUUCAAAAACCUCAGUGUUCAUGGGUUUGGCUCUCCGACCGACUACCAGAAAAAUGUUCUAAACAUCUUGUUCGAGCUGGGGACCGUUUUCCGUCGUCUUGCUGGAUUCAAGAUGCCCAAGAUCCAAAUUAUCCGUGAUUUCGAAGGGCUAGUCAGAAGUGGUGAAAUGCUCGUCGUCUUGGGGAGACCCGGCAGUGGCUGCUCGACUUUACUCAAGAUGAUAGCCGGAGAAAUGAAUGGGAUUCAGAUGUCAGAUGCAUCGGUGCUGAACUAUCAAGGCAUCACGGAAGGCAUAUCCUCGAAACAAAUGCAUAGACACUUCAAGGGCGAAGCGAUCUAUUCUGCCGAGACGGAGAUUCACUUCCCCCAGCUUUCUGUUGGGGACACCUUGACAUUUGCCGCCCUCGCAAGAGCCCCUAAAAAUCGACCUGGUGGUGUGAGUGCCAGGACAUACGCAGAACACAUGCGAGAUGUUUUUAUGGCCAUGCUUGGGCUGAAUCACACCGUCAACACUCGUGUAGGUAAUGACUUCGUUCGUGGGAUCAGUGGCGGCGAGAGAAAACGCGUUAGUAUCGCAGAGGCGGCCCUGAGUCAAAGCCCGAUUCAAUGCUGGGAUAAUAGCACGAGGGGUCUUGAUAGUGCCAACGCAUUGGAGUUCUGCAGGAACCUUGCUCUGAUAAGCAGGUAUUCAGGUACCACUGUCUGCUUGGCCAUUUACCAAGCAUCGCAAAGUGCCUACGACGUUUUUGACAAGGUGACUGUGCUCUACGAGGGCCGGCAAAUAUAUUUUGGACCGGCCUCUGACGCCAAACAAUUCUUUCUUGAGAUGGGAUUCGAGUGUCCUGGGCGCCAGACAACGGCAGAUUUCCUCACCUCGCUCACCAGCCCCGCGGAGCGCUUGGUUCGCCCCGGGUUCGAGAACAGCGUGCCUCGCACCCCGGACGAAUUUGCAGCUGUAUGGAUGAAAAGCGAUGCUCGGGCUCAACUUCUACAGGAAAUUGAGGACUUUGAGGCCCAGCAUCCUAUCGGGGGGUCUUCUUACGAGGCAUUCUUGAAUGCUCGCCGAGCGGCGCAAGCGAGCUUCCAGCGGACCAUGUCACCAUACACCAUUUCUAUCUGGAACCAAAUCAACCUCUGCAUCGUUCGUGGCUUCCAGCGUCUGCGCGGGGAUUCCAGCUUGACUGUGUCUGCCUUGAUCGGAAACCUUUUCAUGUCACUAAUCAUCGGUUCGAUUUUCUUCAAUCUUCCAGAGAAUACCACCAGCUUCUACUCCCGCUCAGCUCUGCUUUUCUUUGCAGUGCUCCUGAAUGCCUUCUCCAGUUCCCUUGAAAUCCUCACCUUGUACGCACAGCGGCCGAUUGUGGAGAAGCAUGCGAGAUACGCCUUCUAUCAUCCGUCCGCAGAAGCCAUCUCGUCCAUGAUCUGUGACGUACCCUACAAACUGCUUAAUUCAAUUACUUUCAAUGUACCACUAUACUUCAUGACAAAUUUACGACGUGAUACUGGCGCCUUCUUCACCUUCUGGAUUUUCUCCGUUGUCACAACUUUUGCCAUGUCAAUGAUUUUCCGCACUAUUGCAGUCUCGUCACGCUCACUUUCGUCCGCCCUCGUCCCCGCCGCUAUACUAAUACUAGGCUUGGUAAUCUACACAGGAUUUACUAUUCCCAUAAGGAACAUGCUUGGCUGGGCCCGCUGGAUGAACUAUGUUAAUCCACUUGCGUAUUCGUUCGAGAGCUUCAUGGUAAACGAGUUUGCUGGCAGGCAAUUCACUUGCUCAACUAUUCUUCCAUCGGGAGGCCAGUAUGAUGAAGUUUCUAUGAAUAAUCGGAUAUGUUCUACCGUUGGUUCCGAGCCUGGAUCCACGGUUGUGGAUGGAACACGGUUUAUCGAGCAAAGCUAUCAGUAUUACCCGGGCCACCUGUGGAGAAACAUGGGAAUCCUCCUGGGAUUCAUGAUAUUCUUCUUAUUCACAUACAUCCUUGCGACUGAGCUCAUCACGGAGAAGAGAUCAAAAGGGGAAGUCCUUUUAUUCCGUCGUGGUCACCAGUUGAAGCUUCCUGAUAUCAAGGACUUGGAGAGUUUCUCCCAGCAUUCGGGGACCGCAAAAUCUGACCCAUCCACUUCGUCUGAGUCCGCAGACAUCCAGAAGCAAACCGCCAUAUUUCACUGGGAGGAUGUCUGCUACGACAUCAAAAUCAAAGGAACCCCAAGAAUGAUCCUGGACAACGUGGACGGUUGGGUCAAGCCCGGCACUUGUACCGCAUUGAUGGGUGUUUCGGGCGCGGGUAAAACUACAUUGCUUGAUGUUCUUGCGGCUCGGGUCACGAUGGGAGUGGUCACAGGUCAGAUGCUUGUUGAUGGGCGUCCUCGCGAUCAAUCUUUUCAAAGGAAGACUGGCUAUGUACAGCAGCAGGACCUCCACCUUGCAACGGCGACCGUUCGUGAAGCCCUCGAAUUCAGUGCUUUGCUACGUCAGCCUGCCCACCUCAGUCGCAAAGAGAAGAUUGACUACGUUGAAGAAGUAAUCAAACUUUUGGGAAUGGAGGCCUAUGCAGACGCGGUCGUUGGUGUCCCUGGGGAAGGGCUGAAUGUUGAACAGCGCAAGCGAUUGACAAUUGGCGUUGAGCUUGCUGCAAGGCCUCAGGUUCUACUUUUCCUAGACGAACCUACUUCGGGCUUGGAUAGUCAAACGUCCUGGUCAAUCUUGGAUCUGAUCGACACGUUAACAAAGCAUGGCCAAGCCAUCAUCUGUACCAUCCACCAGCCUUCUGCAAUGCUGUUUCAGCGUUUCGACCGUCUUCUCUUCCUUGAUACCGGGGGUAAGACCAUCUAUUUUGGCGAGAUAGGUGAAAAUUCUUCCACUUUGUCAAGUUAUUUCGAACGCAACGGUGCCAAAGUACUCCAAGCAGGAGAGAACCCGGCCGAGUGGAUGUUGGAAGUCACUGGGGCGGCUCCUGGAUCCCAUAGUGAAAUCGACUGGUUCAGGGUGUGGCGCGAGAGUCUUGAGUAUGUUCGGAUGAAGGAACAUCUCGCAGAAUUAAAAACUUCUCUGUCUGCUAAACCACAGGAGAAGCCUGACCCAAAAUCACUCCGUGAAUUUGCAGCCCCAUUUUAUGAGCAACUGUGGGAAUGUUUGGUCCGCAUAUUUGCUCAGUAUUAUCGCACACCGGUUUACAUCUGGUCCAAGGCUGCUCUAUGCAUAUUCACGGCACUUUAUGUCGGUUUCUCGUUCUAUCGAGCGCAGAAUUCCAUGCAAGGCCUCCAAAACCAAAUGCUCUGCGUUUUUAUGCUGAUGACAACCUUUGGCAAUUUGGUGCAGCAGAUUAUGCCGAAUUUUGUCAUUCAACGAUCGCUUUAUGAGGCUCGCGAGCGGCCAUCAAAAGCCUAUUCAUGGAAAGCCUUCAUGGCCGCCAAUAUUAUUGUUGAAUUACCUUGGAACAGCCUGAUGGCGGUACUUAUCUUCGUGUGUUGGUAUUACCCUAUUGGGUUAUAUAAUAAUGCGAAACCAACCGAUGCCGUCUCGGAACGCGGAGCAUUGAUGUUCUUAUUGAUCUUGGCGUUUCUGCUCUUUAGUUCUACCUUCGCCCACAUGGUGAUAGCUGGGAUUGAGCUCGCCGAGACUGGCGGUAGUAUUGCAACUCUCCUUUUCUCUUUCUGCCUCCUCUUCUGCGGCGUCCUCGCCACAAAAGAGGCAUUGCCAGGGUUCUGGGUUUUCAUGUACCGUAUUUCGCCGUUUACUUACCUGGUCUCUGCGAUGCUUUCAACGGGCCUGUCCGGGACAACCGUCACCUGUGAAGAGGUUGAAUACCUGAGAAUCAAUCCAUCGAGCAACCAAACCUGCCAGGAUUUCAUGGAUCCUUUCAUCAAGAUGACUGGAAAUGGCUACCUGAAGGAUCCGCACGCCACGUCCGAUUGUGCCUUUUGCCCGAUCAGCGAGACCGAUACCUUUCUCCGAGCAAUAGCGAGCGAUUUCUCGGAGGCAUGGCGGAACUUUGGCCUUAUGUGGGCAUAUGUUGCUUUCAAUAUUGUCGGGGCAGUCUUUAUCUAUUGGCUGGCUCGCGUGCCCAAGAAGCAGAAGGUUUUAGAUCCGCAGAAGAGUUGA